UAAUGGAUCAAGUUAUUCAAAUUGGAUGCGGAUUCAAUUUGAUCCAUUGACAGGUUUAACAUGGGUUAGUGAGGUAUUGGUGGAGGGCUCCUACCACCAUCUUGGACAGAAGUUAUUUGAUGCUCCUCGGAUAAUGUUUACUCUAAUCUAAACACCCUUUCUGUUCUGUUCUUUUCUUUUCUUUUCUUUGUUUUUUAAAUUUUAAAAUGAUUAAUUUAUCUUUUAAUGUUUAUAGGGAUGAUUAUUUUUUGUAAUCAAUUUUACGUCUGUAAUAUUGUUAUUGCGAGUACCUUUACAUAGGAUGGGACUAGUGGGGUGUUCUUGGUGGGACCCCAACCCCCAUCAUCUAGAGACAAUUAGUUCACCUUGGACGGUCACUAGACCCACCAGCCUAUCUUUUCAUGUACCCACCUACAAGCCAGCAACUCAAACAAACUGGUCAGUUUGUCUCUUCGAUGAAUAAAAUAAUAGGAUCCACGAUGCUAUGCUAUUCUUUUUUAAAUUUAGAUUGGAACUAUGCUACCUUUUUAUUUUAGUUUAUUUUUGAGAUUUUUUUUGGUGAACAUGUAUCUCUUUCCUGUUAGGCCAUUUUAAAUUUGCACCAAAACAGGUUGGAUGAAGAGAGCAUCCUUUCCUUGCUACUGCAUUUUGAUUCCUCUCUGUCUCUAUCUCCCAAAUAUUUCCUCCAUUUACAACCCCUAUCUCUCUCUCUCUCUCUCUCUCUCUCUCCCUCUCUCUCCAUCCCAACAAUCCCCACCCCAUCUGAUUCUCUCUUUAUGGGAACUCUUCUUAGGCUGCCUUCACCUCCUAUUCUCAUCACUUCCCAAAGGUCUAAUUCAUCAUUUACACUUCUCCAUCCAAAUACCAAAACUCUACCAAGAAAAUUUCAUCACAGAAUCCAUUGUGGCAAGCAUGGUAACUUCCUAGACUUGAAACCCAUAUCAAAACCGGAAUCUCUGGACUUUGAUCUCUCAUGGGUUGAUCCCUCUACUCGCUCUCGCUUUGACGUGAUCAUCAUCGGAACUGGUCCUGCCGGACUUUGCCUUGCAGAGCAGGUGGCCUGCCACGGAAUUAAGGUAUGUUGUGUUGAUCCUUUGCCGCUUUCUAUGUGGCCUAACAAUUAUGGUGUGUGGGUUGAUGAGUUUGAGAGCUCAGGACUUGAAGAUUGUCUUGACAAGACUUGGCCUAUGGCUUGUGUCCAUAUCAAUGAUCACAGGACAAAGUAUUUGGACCGGGCCUACGGUAACAGGAAAGAACUGAAAAUGAAGUUGUUGGAGGGUUGUGUGUCAAAUAAUGUGAAAUUUCACCAGGCCAAGGUUUGGAAAGCAGAGCACAAAGAGUUUGAGUCCUCGGUUGUUUGCAGUGAUGGGAAUGAGCUAAAGGCGAGUUUGAUUGUUGAUGCUAGCGGAUUUGCUAGCACUUUCAUAGAAUAUGACAAGCCAAGAAACCAUGGUUAUCAGAUUGCUCAUGGGAUUCUAGCUGAAGUGGAUUGUCACCCUUUUGAUUUGGACAAGAUGUUAUUAAUGGAUUGGAGAGACUCUCAUCUGGGUAAUGAACCGGAUAUACGUGCUAGGAACUCAACAUUGCCAACUUUCUUGUAUGCCAUGCCAUUUGAUUCAAACUUGGUAUUCUUGGAAGAAACUUCACUUGUUAGCAGGCCCGUGUUGUCGUACAUGGAGGUGAAAAAGAGGAUGGUAGCGAGGUUGAGGCACUUGGGCAUCAAAGUAAAGAGCGUGAUUGAAGAAGAGAAGUGUUUGAUCCCCAUGGGAGGGCCUUUGCCCCGGAUCCCUCAGAGCGUGAUGGGGAUCGGAGGCACAGCAGGGAUCGUCCACCCAUCAACCGGGUACAUGGUGGCUCGAACCCUGGCUUUGGCCCCGGUCCUAGCUGAUGUCAUCGCAGAGUGCCUCGGCUCAACAAGAAUGAUCAGAGGGAAGCCACUUUGUCAUAGGGUGUGGAAUGGGUUGUGGCCUUUUGAGAAGAGGUGUGUGCGGGAAUACUACUCUUUUGGGAUGGAGACUUUGUUGAAGCUUGAUUUGAAUGGGACUAGGAGGUUCUUUGAUGCUUUUUUUGAUUUGGAUCCUCACUAUUGGCAUGGAUUUCUCUCUUCAAGAUUGUCUCUUGGUGAGCUUGCUAUGCUGAGUUUGUCUCUGUUUGGACGUGCCUCUAACCCAUCCAGGUUUGAUAUUGUUACAAAAUGUCCUGCUCCUUUGGUUAAAAUGAUGGGUAAUUUAGCACUUGAGACCAUUUAAUUUUGGAAGGUCUCACAACAUGUUUUUUGAAUAUGUGGUUGUACAAUCUGAAAAGAAAAAUAUUGGCUUACUUUGGAAAUUUGCUCUAGUCUCUAAGAUUAAGGGGAAUUACAAAUAGGUGGGAAAUUGGGCAAAUAUUUACAAAUUCAUGGAUGUACAAGUCACGCGUAAGUGAGAGUUGUGUUUCACAUGCACCAAGUAUAGAACACAAUUUUCACUUAUAGUGAUACAAGCCUACUUGUACACUUUCAUGAAUUUGUAAUUAUUUUUUAUAUUCCCGACUAGUUUAUUGUAUGUUGGUGUUGAUUGCAGGGAUUGUUCUGGUUUAAUAUAGACUUUUAUUUUUGUU